AUGAUGAAAGCGUAUGCAGAACUGCUAGCAGCUCUCCUCUUCGGACAUGACGAGGCAGCUUUAGCCGAACGAACAAAAGAACGUCUGCAGCGUGAUAACGACGCCCUUCGGCAGGAAAUCGAAGCACUUCGUCAACAGCUUUACAGGGUACGCACUGCUCAAUUCCACUCAAGGAUGCAUGCCAUACUUCCACCGUUGCUACCGUCGGGCAAUCCGAACGGCAUUGCUGCUCCGUCUGCACAAACUAUUGUCCCUCAGCAAUUCACGGCCACGUCAUAUACCGACAUUAUAUCACCUAGCUAUGCAAGUCUUGGAAUUCGAAGAUCAAACAAAGGUCGAAUCAAUGCAUUACAGAAACUCGUAGUUGCGUUAAAGAAUAGUCUAAAGAACGGAAAAAAAUGGGUGAUUACGGCGAACUUGGAUUGGAUGAGGAAACAUACUAGUUGGGCGAAUCUUGCACUUCGGCGAGUGGGGCUAAUCAUAAUGACUGGUUCCGUCCCGUAG